UGUUGGUGCUCCCCUUAUCACAGUCAGUGCAUUUUACACAUCACAGUCAGACUUGUCCUUCAUUUUUGGAUAUCCUUUACAGAGACAUCAGGAAAUUGGCAUCAGAAUGGGGCACCAUGCUUAACAAGGGCAUUGCAUCAUAAAGCUGGUAUAUACUGUUUGGAACAACAUGAAAAUGGUCAUCUUUAAAUGUAGAAAAAUGAGUCUUAUGGAUAUAACAAAGAUAUUUUCCUUGUUAAAGCCCAAUGAGGAUGAUGAGGCUCUUGCAGAAGCUCGUGAGCUCCAUGUGGCUGUUGCUAUGGAUAAUGCUGAGCAUCUUUAUUCACUACUUUCAGAUAACAAAUACAAGAAAUAUAUCAAUACUCGAAGUGGCUGGGGAAUUCCAGUGACCCCUCUCCGCCUGGCUGCCUCUAAGGGAUCUCUCCAGUGUUUAAAGAUACUUUUGGACCAUGGGGCAGAGGUGGACAGCUUGGAUGUUAAAGCUCAAACUCCUCUAUUCACUGCCGUCAGUGCUGGGCAUCUUGAUUGUGUCAGGGAAUUAUUAAAAGUUGGAGCCAAUCCUGGUGGAAGCAUCUACAACAACUGCUCCCCUGUGCUGAUUGCUGCUCGUGAAGGAAAUGCCAGCAUCCUAAGGGAACUAUUAGAAUAUGGAGCUGAGACCAAUGUCCGGUCCAGAGUUCCAGACUGGGCAGCCAGUAACACCAGCUCCAGCGGUGCUUUGUAUCUUUCAGCUGUAUAUGGGCACUUGGAGUGUUUCAAGCUUCUUCUCCUCUAUGGGGCUGAUCCCGAUUACAACUGUACAAGCAAGGAACUUCUAGAGAGGAUAAAGAACCCCAAGUCUGUGCUGGAGAUUUGCCUGAAACAUGGCUGUAGGACGCAGUUUAUACAACUCCUUAUUGAUUUUGGUGCCAACGUGUAUUUACCCAACAUAGAGGUUAACAGAUCCUUCCCUAAUCACAAGGCAAUGGAGCUCUUACUAAGUGAAAGAGUUAAUCCAAGAUCUUUGAUGUCUCAGUCUCGUUUGACUAUCAGAAAACUACUCGGACAGCUAGGAAGGAGAAAAUGCAUUCCCCAACUGAAUAUUCCUUCUUCAAUGAUCAGAUAUCUUCAACACCAAACCUCAUAGAGCUGAGAUGCUGCAGGCACAGAACUCAAGCAUGGUCAGAAUUUGGUCAGCUCUGAAGAAGAUACAAGGGAUUUGGAUGUUACUGGAACUAAACAUAACAAUUUAAUUAGUUUAAACUCUUAAAUACACAUCAUGGGUGUUUUACUGUUUAUUUCAACAACAGCUCAGUAAAGGGAAUUGGAAGUAACUAUAUCUUUCAGCUUAUAACAUCUGUCAUGCAGAAACAAUGUGCAUUUAAACUAAAAAAAAUAUGUAUAAAUUUUAAAAACAGAGAGUAAAGAAGUAAUUUUUCUUUGUACAGUGGACAACUGGAAACUUAAAUGUGAUCAAUUUACUCUUUCAAUUAAAGGUUUUCAUGCAGGUUACCACCAUA